UGCCAAACAAAUUGACUUGUGAGUUGUGAAGCAGGAAAAUCUAUAAUUUCCACAAGGCUCUCGUGAUUGUGGAGGCAGGCAAGCAAGCAACAGCCAACAGCCAACAGCCAACAGCCCCCCGGAAACUGCACGGUCCCUACCAACAAACUCAUUGUCAUAUCCUUAUUCCUUAAUAUUCCACAAUCCACACUUUUUAUCACUACUUUUCUCUCUCUCUCUCUAUUUUCUUCCAUCACUCUACUCCAUCUGCCCCUGUUUCUUCCUCUUCUAAUAUUGUUACCAAUCUAUGAUAUGUUCUAUAUUUAUUAUGACCAUGACCACGGCAGUGGCACCACAACCCUCCUCUCCUUCAACAUCAUCUUCUAUGCUAUUGGAAAUCAGUGUCAUAUCAAUAGAAGGCCUCAAUAACUACACUUCAUUUUUAUGCCCCACCAUAAGGCCCUUCAUCACCAUCACCAGGCUCCCAACACAACCUCAUGUAGCUGCGGUGGAAAACGGUGGUGGGUUAGGGUUAGGCCCAACACCGUUUCGCGUGGGGGUGGAUCCAACCUUCUUUACGGAUGGGUAUUCGUGCCUACACCUUCAGCUAUUCAACAAGAGGAGGAUUGUGGGCUCGGCCCAACUCGGAUGGUGCGUGAUUCCACCUUCCGACAUUUGCAUCCUUUCACCCGCUUCUGUUUGCUACCUAAGUUACCGGCUACGGGCUACAGACGGUUCCAGGGGACAUGCUAUCAUCAACAUCUCUGUCAGAUUGGAUGGGCUUCCAAUUCCAUGGGCAGAAACGAGUGUGGACGCGUGUCACACUUUUAUUGGCAUACCUGUUACAGUUGUUCGGAGAGAUUGUGCAGCCAACACCCAUACACCACGAUGAUUUACAUGAUAUAUACACAAGUUUUUUUUAUCUUUGGCGCUUGUAAAAGUCUUGUUUUAAUUUUGGUUAAACGAUUUUCAAGUAGUUUUAUGUACUUGUAAAUUUGGAUGUCAGUACACGAUACUUACACUUUGAAUUGAUGAAUUCCAUGUGACAAUAUUGAUAAA